ACUUACGUAACGCUCUGUUUCCUCUCACUUUUCAAACCCAAAAAAAGGAAGAAGAAGAAGCUAGAACUGAACUUGAAAGAGCUCAGUUCACAGCUCUUUAAGUAAGCUUCUACUUUCUCUUAUUACUUAAGUGCUUGGGAACAAUGGAGUCCGGGUCGGGUUUGGAUCAGAGUAAUAAGAGCAAAGGAAGCGGUAACAGUGGAGAGGGAAAGUUCGGUGCAUUCUUGAAGAGAGUAGAACCCUUCUUACCGAGAAAGGACUUGAACCCGUUAGAGCUAAGAUCCUGGGCCAAGAAAACCGGUUUUGUCUCGGAUUACACAGGCGAAACCAGCAGCACGAGUACUGGUGACAAGCUCGCUGAGAGCAUCAGCUCUGGUUAUGAUUUGCCAAAAGGCAGAAGAGAUGAUGGUCAAACAGAUCAAGUGCCGUCUCGCCAAACCGACCGGGAACCGAUUCUUGGGCGAAGUAGACGAUCCGAUAUCGGAUCUGAUUCAAGCAGGUCAAAACCGGGUUCUAUAGUGGAAGAGAGAGGAUCAAACCGGAACGAGGAUAGAAACGCCGAUGAGACACCGUUGGAGAAUGAAGGAGGCGGGAAAAGAAGUAGAGAUUUGGAAAAUGGGUGUUACUAUCUAGGCGGUGGAGAAGAUGGAGAAGGUUGGCCUAAACCCAUUGUAAUGAAGUAUGGUCUCAGAGACAAUCCUCCUGCCUUCGUUCCGCUUAUCUAUUACGGUUUGCAACACUAUCUAUCACUUGCUGGUUCACUUGUCUUUAUACCUCUCGUCAUCGUCCCAGCCAUGGAUGGUUCCGAUAAAGAUACAGCCGCAGUGAUUUCAACGAUGCUGCUUCUUACUGGAAUCACAACCAUACUUCACUGUUAUUUCGGCACUCGGCUUCCUUUGGUCCAAGGAAGCUCUUUUGUUUACUUAGCCCCGGCUUUGGUUGUCAUCAACUCUCAGGAGUUUAGGAACCUCACUGACCAUAAAUUUAGGGAGAUAAUGAGAGAACUACAAGGAGCUAUAAUCGUUGGUUCAUUGUUCCAGUGCAUUUUGGGAUCCACUGGUCUCAUGUCUCUCCUUCUUAGAUUUAUUAAUCCUAUUGUAGUAGCACCAACCGUAGCUGCGAUAGGAUUAGCAUUCUUUAGCUAUGGAUUUCCACAAGCCGGCACUUGUGUUGAGAUCAGCGUUCCUGUAAUAGUUCUCCUUCUCAUUUGCACAUUGUAUCUCCGUGGAGUUUCAAUCUUUGGUCAUCGCUUAUUCCGAAUUUAUGCGGUGCCCCUUAGUGCUCUGAUCGUCUGGACAUAUGCAUUCUUUCUAACAGUUGGCGGUGCGUAUGACUAUAAAGGUUGCAACGCCGACAUACCAAGCUCUAACAUAUUGAUAAACGAAUGUAAGAAACACGCGUAUACUAUGAAGCAUUGCAGAACAGAUGCUUCCAACGCCUGGAACACUUCUCCUUGGGUCAGAAUCCCUUAUCCGUUUCAAUGGGGUUUUCCGUAUUUUCACAUGAGAACUUGUAUCAUUAUGAUCUUUGUUUCUUUGGUCGCAUCAGUGGACUCGGUUGGGACAUAUCAUGCCACGUCAAUGUUGGUGAAUGCUAAGCGCCCUACACGUGGUAUUGUGAGCAGAGGUGUUGCGUUAGAAGGCUUUUGCAGUUUGUUAGCUGGAAUAUGGGGUUCCGGUACCGGUUCAACCACGUUAACCGAGAAUAUUCAUACAAUCAAUAUCACCAAGGUGGCUAGCCGAAGAGCUUUGGCAAUAGGAGCUAUCUUCUUAAUAUUUUUCUCAUUUGUGGGAAAAUUAGGUGCUAUUCUAGCUUCAAUACCACAUGCUUUGGCUGCUUCAGUGUUAUGCUUUAUAUGGGCGCUUACAGUGGCUCUAGGUCUAUCGAAUCUCCGGUACACACAAACAGCGAGUUUUAGGAACAUAACCAUAGUUGGAGUCUCGCUGUUUCUUGGACUAUCCAUCCCUGCUUAUUUCCAGCAGUAUCAACCACUAUCUACUCUGAUACUACCGAGCUAUUACUUGUCCUUUGGUGCCGCUUCAAGUGGGCCAUUCCAAACGGGCAUCAUGCAAUUGGAUUUUGCAAUGAACGCUGUGAUGUCUCUGAAUAUGGUUGUAACGUUUCUACUGGCGUUCGUGUUGGACAACACUGUACCGGGUAGUAAGGAAGAGAGGGGAGUUUAUGUGUGGUCACGAGCUGAGGACAUGGAGUUGGACCCUGCAAUGCAAGCCGAUUACUCGUUGCCAAGAAGAGUUGCUCAGUUUUUCGGUUGCAGAUGUUGCUAGUAGAUGUCUUAAGAUCCAGUUUCAUUGUUUUUUUUUUCAGUAGCUUACAGAGAGAGAGAGAGAGAGAGAGAGAGAGAGAGAGAUAGAGAGAGAGAGACCCACAUGUUCUUACUUAAUAUAUGGAAGAAAAGGGUGUUCUAAUGGAAGAAAAGUAGCAGGUUGUGAGAAA